CCUACAAGCAACGUACUCGGUCACAUUCCAGCGUGAUGGUCCUCGAUCGCAGAAUCAGCGGGGGAGAGGGGUCCUUACAACCCUGAUUGUAUCUACAGUAAUGCUAAACAACCCGAUUUUAUCUUCGUGCCAGAGCAGCUGUUGUUCCCCCUCAGGUGGUCACUGGAGACGGUCCCAGAAAUACCCCCCAGGUCCAGCGGCGAGGGUCAAACACAACCCGAGACGGAGAGUCUCCAACGCAGCCAUGAAGGUGUUGGUGGUGCUUGCGCUUGCAGCAUUUUCUUGUUGCCAGGCCAACGUCUUCUGGCCAGACCAACCUAAACCACAGCUGGAACAAGUGAGAGAUGCAUUCUGGGACUAUGUUGCCAAGGCGACACAAACUGCUGAGGACACUCUACAGACGAUCAGGCAGUCUGAGCUCGGCCAGGAAGUCAAUGCCAAGAUCACGGAGAGCGCAGAUGCGGCCAGCCAGUACACCGUGGCUCUGCGGAGUCUGCUGGCCCCACUGGUCCACAACAUGUUGAGCAGAAUUUCCCAAGAGUCUGAGCUGCUAAAAGAGCGUCUGGAGAAGGACCUGAGCACAGUUAGAGGCCAGCUGGAGCCCUACACCGAAGACCUUAAAUUCCAAAUUCAGCAACGUGUGGAACAACUGAAGCAGGAGAUGGCCCCUUACGCGGAGUCCCUGGACACCGAGACCCUGAAGGCCACCGUGCUCCAGAAGAGCGAGGAGUUGAAGGGAAGCCUUGAGCAGAGCGUGAAGGAGCUACAGUCCCAACUGGGUCCGUAUACAGAGGAGCUGAUGGAGAAAGUGGACCAACGUCUGCAGGAGUUCCAGAAGAGCGUGGCUCCAAUGGCUGAGAACAUCCAGAACCAGAUGGUGCAGAGAGCAGAGAUGAUGCAGAAGAGCCUCACACCUUACUCUGAAGACCUGAGGGAGAAGCUGGACCCCUACGCUCAGAACCUGAAGGCCAAGCUGGCUGCGCUCUGGGACUCCUUUACCCAGAGUAGCUAGGUUCACCUAGUGCCCACACCUCUACCUGCCACUCUUCUUUACUGCAGGAAUAUGUCUGUACUGUAAUUCCCUGUCUACUUUAUUUCUGUUUCACUAAAUUAUAUACUUUAAA